CAUAAACUAACUGAACAGAACCCAUCAUGUGUGACUUGUAAUUUAAGAUUAUCUAUUAUUCCUCGUGACUGCCUGAAACAGCGGAGAAUCAUCCGCCUGUGUUUGCUGUUGGGCGGGUCAUGACACCCCAGCGGUGGGUGUAUCUCCGUAAGCUCCUCUCUGGUUUCCCCUCCUUCCCUCCUUCCUUCAGCAGUUGUCGCCCACGUGUGUUCAGUUCCAGUCAGUCUGCUGCCGACAACAUGGCAGAAGAGGCGAAGAAACUAGCAGCCUACUCUGCAGUGGAUAACAACGUUCAGAACAAUCAUGUGGUUGGAGUGGGCAGCGGGUCAACCGUUGUGUACGCUGUGGACAGGUUAGCCGAGAGAGUUCGCCAGGAAAAACUGAACAUCGUGUGUGUGCCCACCUCCUUCCAGGCCCGACAGCUGAUUUUGAAGCAUGGCCUCAUGCUGUCAGAUCUGGAGAGACACCCUGAGCUGGACGUGGCGAUUGACGGCGCAGAUGAAGUAGACUCAGAGCUGACGCUGAUAAAAGGUGGUGGCGGCUGUCUUACCCAGGAGAAGAUUGUCGCCGGCUGCUCUAAAUUUUUCGUGGUCAUCGCUGACUACAGAAAGGACUCUGAUGCUCUCGGUCAGCAGUGGAAGAAAGGCGUUCCCAUCGAGGUCAUUCCCAUGGCGUAUGUCCCCGUCUCCAGGACGAUAGCCAAACACUUUGGAGGGGAAGUUAGUUUAAGAAUGGCAGUCAGUAAAGCAGGUCCUGUCGUCACUGAUAACAGCAACUUUAUUUUGGACUGGAAGUUUGAGCAUACCCAUAACUGGAAGGAGGUCAACACUGCAAUCAAGAUGAUUCCUGGUGUGGUGGAGACGGGGCUCUUUGUCAACAUGGCUCAGCAAGCGUACUUUGGGAUGGAAGAUGGCAGCGUGAAAGUUCGGAAGGCUCCCGUCAACUGAUGAGUCCCCUCGCUCGAUCCUCCUUUCACUGAUAAAAUUUCAGCCACAAGUGCCAGGAUCACAACCCAACCCCUGACUCUGGAAAAGGCUAAAGGCAGACUGCUUUCCUUGCAAAAGAAGUUUCCAAACUUGGUACAUUCAGAUGGGUGGUGCCUCUGAUCUUUUUAUUUUCUAAGUGCCUGAUGAGGAAAAUCCUACACCUGCAGAUCAGAUGUAGUUAUUGACAGAAUAGCUGCAGAAAUUUACAGAAUAAAUAAAGAUGUGCCUUUUGAAAUAUUAAAUCAGAAACCCAUAAAUGCAUGUUUAAUUAGUGUGUAACACUAAUUAUAAGUACAAAAAAGAACUGCUGUUCAGAUUUUAAGAAGAGUCUAAGAUCUUGAACUAAUGCAACUAAAUAAAAACUUCAGGAUAGUGAUGAUUUUUCAUCGAACACUGGUUAGAUCAGAAUAUAAAUCUGAGCAUAACAUUUAAGUUUGUCAAUGUGCAAGAAUUUAAAGGGUGAUUGUUUGUUCCUCGUUUUUACAAAUUCUUCUAGUAGACUGCAGGAUGCAUGCAAACCUCUAACCAGAAUAUCAUUCUGUAAUGGAAUAUGUGCAUUUUUGUGCCUGUCAUAUAUAAAUUAUAUAUAUAUAUAUAUACACACACAAUUUUCUGCAAACAGAAGGUGUCUGGAUGCAGGAAAUCUUGUGCCAUAAGCUCAUUUCUAAAACAAAGCCCAGUGAUGGCAGUGGCUAAUGAUAACACGCCACCAUAUUUACUCUAUUGAAAGUUGCACCUUUGUUAUAAUAAUAAAAAUAAACUUUCUGAACUGAAAAGGCAUCUUCUAAAAACAGAAUGGGUCACACUGUGCAUGACUGUCUUUGCACCAGCAUAUUUUCCUUUCUAGCCAUUUUACUGUGAAUAGGUCUGUUAUUUUUUUAUGUAGUUACAGUAUUGAACCCAUAAAGGACCAAAUUAUUACUCAUGUUUGUUUUAUUAGAGUUGCAUAUUGCAGAACAUAGCAUGUGCUCCAAUACUGAAGAAAAUAAAAGUUGUAAAAAAGAAAAAAUU